AUUUUGUAUCGAAUCUUACGAUUCACGACUCAAUAUGAUUUACGAUUCUCAAAUUUAGAAUUCCGAUUCACGAUAGAAAUCGCGAUUUACCAACUAUUGCCCACUAUAUUUUCAAUGGCAAAUACCCAUGUGCCAUCGGAUUUUUGAGGUAGAUUAAAACAAAUUCAAAUAGUCAAAGAGCAAAAAGAUGCAACUUUCCAUCCAGUUUUUAGUAGUAAUCAGAGUAAUAUGAAAGCAAUAAAUAUAAUUGAAGGUGAAAUAUGAGAAAUGUAACAAAUUGAAAACGAAAUGUAGAUAGAGACAAAAUUGAGAGAUCAAAAUAUAAUUUUUUUGAUAGAAUUGUGUUUUUUUUUUUUGGCCCAAAUUGAUAGAUCUUGCCUAUGAUAUGGAGGGGUACUAUCUCUUCAAUGAGAGUUUCACCGCUAUUUCUAGAGAAUCUCCCCUGAGCUAGUCUCGGUCUUCUUUCUCAUUCAUCAUCACCACCAAUCCCAGCAUUGAGCCCUAAGUUAUAACCACCAUUGACGUAAUCUGCUCUCCAUGGAUUCUCUAUUCCCAUUUCUUCUUCUUCCUGGUGAUACCCCAGAUUGAACCUACACCAUAGCCACAUCACACCCCAUUUGGUAGAAUAAUUUCCAUACCUAAUCUAGAACUUCCCAAUCCCAAUUGCGUCAACACUCAAACAAUUAUCUAUAUCCUAGAAAUCAUCAUUUCCUCACACAUCCCUGGGGUCUGAACCAUUCACUUCGAUCAAAACCUUUUUCGCUUUUCAAACCAUCAUUCUCCAUACAAACCUUUUGGCUCAAUCCUACCUAGUUGAGCUCAAUAAAGCAAGAUUCAAGUUCUCAGAAUAACCCUCUACCUCGCCUCUCCCUAUUCUUAAACCCAUCAACAGUCAAAGAAUUCCAAUAAUCCUAUUUAAUGGGUAAAAUUUUGACAGAGACCCCCAUUGAAUAAGAACGAAGUAGGGAAUGUUCUUAUGAAAGCCUGGAGGACACAUAAGGGAUUCUCCAUCACGCAUUGGGAGAAGAACAUAUUCCUCUUCGAUUCCAAAUCUGAGGUAGACAGAGAUAGAAUCCUUGAGGAAAGCCCGUUUUAGUUAUGGGCAACUUGAUUAUAUUAAAGAAAUGCCCUCCAACUCCACUAUUAGAGAUUUUAUGUCCAACUCUGCUGAGUUCUGGGUUCAAAUAUGGGGACUCCCAUUUUAUAUGAUGACUAAGAAUAAAUCCUAGAGACUAAAGGAAUUUCUGGGAACCCCAACGAAGCAAGAAGAGUUCAAAGAAGACUUACUACUAACUAGGAAUUAUAUGCGGGUUCGCUGUAAUAAAUUGAUAUUACAGAGCCACUUAAGAAGGCUCACCGGCACGUCAUGUUAAUGAUUACGUGAGAGUAGGCGAUGCCUGUGCUAGAACAAAGGGCAGCCCCAACAAGCUGUCAAAUGGUGGAGCGAGCCCCCCAUUGUACGAGAAUCCACUAGCCUCUGCUUGCCUUCCACUUGGAGUCGACUCCUCAGCGAUUCAAUCUCUCCAAAAUAUUCUUUAGCGAGGUACAUAAGAGUGGGUAAUGGAGAUGAAUCAGUGAUGGUCUUAUCUGGUACUGAAGUGUAUAAGGAGUUAGGGGAUACCUCUUGUGAGCUUGAGGACCCCACAUGUGCUGAAAAGAAGACCCAAUUAGUAGAUGGGUUGGGCUCAGGGUGUUGUGCCCUGUGUCUGAAAGUGAUACUGCGAGGUACUAAACAGUUGGGUGAUCUUAAAGCCCCUGGUCCUGAUUUGCAAGUGGAGGGGAAGUAUGCAGGGUAG